AACCUCCGCAAAGACACUGGACCAGCACAUGCUUCUGCGGUCUCAGGCCUGCACGCGUGGCUGGCGGCCCCGGAGUAUCUUGAGCAAAGGCCGCAGCUACAGUAGUAUUCCUGUGGUAGACAAGUCACCGCUUGAGCUGUAUGAUGCACGAUGCGAGCAAGGCAUCUUGAGACCAGACGCACAUCAGCGGAAUGUCAUAAAGGCGACCAUCACACGGCUUUACACUGACUUGGAGCAUCACACUUUUCCACUCGUUGAGCCACCAAGAGUCGACGAACACCGGAAAGCACCAAUCGAAGAUGGCAUUGGAGGGGACGCGAACCACUUCAAGGGCAGCAUCUUUGAUGUCCUCAACUUGAGAAGCAUCUUUGCGAGCAGGCCAGUCAAGGCUCCGAAGACGAAGGCACCAGAAGUACCUCCUAAGCUCGUGAAAGGCUUGUAUCUGCAUGGCGAUGUCGGGUGCGGCAAGACCAUGCUCAUGGAUCUAUUCUAUGCAACCCUACCGAGCAAUAUCAAGCGGAAACAGCGUGUCCAUUUCCACAGCUUCAUGCUGUCCAUCCAUAAAAGAGCUCAUCAGCUCAAGGCAGAGCAAGGAAAUGCCUUUAACGCUAUUCCUUUCAUUGCAGCUGAAAUUGCUACAAAGAGCUCUGUGCUUUGCUUUGAUGAGUUUCAAGUCACUGACAUUGUCGAUGCGAUGAUUCUUCGAACGCUUCUGUCUUCCCUGCUCAAGCACGGUGUGGUAAUCUUUACAACCAGCAACAGAGCUCCCAAAGAAUUGUACCUGGGCGGCAUUCAGCGUGUCAGCUUCUUGCCCUGUAUUGAGCUUCUCAGUACGAAGCUUGAUGUCGUUUGCCUAGACAGCCAUACAGAUUACAGGAAAGAGGACAAGCUGCUCUCCAAUGUGUAUCAUGCUGGCUUGGGGCCCGAAGCGCAGGCACAUGCAGACUCUUGGUUCAGACGUCUUGGUGAUUUUGAAGAGGAUCCUCCUCAUCCUACAGUCCAGCGCAGCUGGGGUCGUCCCAUUCGCGUGCCUGCGGCCAGUGGUGAUGCAGCUCGCUUCACCUUUCAAGAGAUUUGUGGUGAUCCCCUGAGUGCUGCAGAUUACCUUGAACUGGCGCGAAAGUACAAAGCAUUCAUCAUUACAGAUAUCCCACGACUCAGCAUGAAUGAGAAGGACCUGGCACGGCGGCUCAUCACGUUGAUUGAUUCAUUAUAUGAGAAUGGCACCAAAUUGAUUGUUACGAGUGAGGUACCCAUGGCAGAGAUCUUUUCCCCAGAUGGCGGUAAGAAGGCAGAUCCUGAUGUUCCACUUGAUGGUGCCAUGCGAUCCAUGAUGGACGAUUUGGAUCUGGAUAUGGAGAAACUCAUGGACAGCUCCAUCUUCACAGGACAAGAAGAACGCUUCGCUUUCCAUCGAUGCCUGUCUCGCAUCAGCCAGAUGGGUACGCAAGCCUGGGCAAAUCAAGUCACAUAGACGAGACAGUCUAAUCAGCAUUGUUCAUU